AAAUCAAGGUGGACUGCUGCUCGCUCGCUGGCUCGCCGCUCGCUCGCUCGCUCGCUCGCUGUUGGCUAGGCCAUGAUUUCGCUGUUGCUUGCCUGCUCCGCCCGUAUCGCAUUGGUCGACCCACCCGACAGCCGCUCCAGCCGCCUGCCCGCGCCCGACGGGGAUCUCGCGGUGCGGCCGGCGAGGCGGCUGACGCUGCUGCGAGGAGGCGGCGCGGACGGCUGGGAGCAGAUCGGAGCCCGGCCGGUCUCGAUCGACGAGGAGCGCGUCUUUGCGGGCCGCGCCUUCCCGAUGACGCUCUCUCCGCUCCUGUCCGGCCGCACCACGCUCACUGAGUGGGCUGCCGAGCACCGAGAGGAGCUCCUCCAGCUGGUGCGCGAGAACGGUGCGGUCCUGCUACGCGGCUUCGGCGGGAUGGAGACGCCGCAGGGCUUCUCGGACUUCGUCAUGGGACUGCGGCUCGAGGAGUUCGGCAUGGGCUGCUCGGCGGCGCCGCGCACCGAGGUCGCGCCCGGCGUCUUCACCGCCAAUGAGGCUCCGCAGCGAGAGGAGACGCGCGCGCCGCCGCAGGAGAAGAUCCCGUUCCACCACGAGAUGGCGCAGUGCGAGGACAAGCCCGCCUUCCUCUUCUUCUACUGCGAGUUUCCCGCCCAGACCGGCGGAGCCACCCCAAUCAUCCCCUCCAACGCCGUCGCGACCCACCUGCGCGAGGCGUGCGGCCACGCAUUCUCGGCCGCGCACCCCGCGGUCGCCCAGCGGCUCGCGGCCCGCGGCAUCCGGUACGCGCGCACGCUGCCCGCGCAAGACGACCCUCUCUCGCCGAUCGGAAAGUCGUGGCGGACGUCCUUCAACACCGACACGCGCCAGGGCGCCGAGGCGGCGAUGGCGGCGGCCGGCACGACGUGGCGCUGGCACGGGAAUGGCGACCUGUACACCGAAACGAAGCAGAUGCCCGCUCUCGUCGUGGACGGGCGGUCGGGCAAGGAGAUGUUUUACAACGCGGUGAUCGCGGCCAUCACCGGCUGGGAGGACGGGCGCAACGACCCGCUCAAGGCGAUCCGGUACGGAGACGGCGAGGAGCUCGACGGCGAGGCUGUGGCCGCGCUGCUCGAGACGGGGGAGUGGAUGGCGGCCCACCGCGUCGCCUUUGCGUGGCAGAGCGGCGACGUGCUCAUCAUCGACAACCAGGCGGCGAUGCACUCGCGCGAGACCUUCACGCCGCCCCGCCGCAUCCUCGCCUCCCUGUGGGGCGAGGCGCUCCGCCGCCCCGAGGGAAGGGCCGAGCCAGAGCGACAGUCCUCACGCUAGGGCAUGGAAGCUACGGCGAAGGCGCACACUGUGGAAAACAUACUGUGGCCGCCAUUCUCUUCCGUCAUCGUGGGUGGCGCGUGGCGCGCCUGGCGCGAGUUUCGGAGUGCUCUGUCUGUGGACAAAUGUGCUCGAGUACAAUUUGUGUGAUCGAUCUGGGGGCUAACGAUUUUUUGCGAUGGGA